AUGUCACAACUUUUGAAUUUAGCAAACUUUUCCAACCUUUCCGAUAGAUUCAGUGUUGAGAGAAUCAAGUCAGAUUUUGCAUCUUUGCAAUCGACAAUUUCCAAAUUGCGUCCACCACAAGAAUUUUUCGACUUUAGACGUAUUUCCAAACCAGCCAACUUUGGUGAAAUACAACAACGUGUCGGUUACAAUUUGGGCUAUUUUUCCGCCAACUAUUUAGCCAUUGUUGCUUGUUUGAGCAUCUAUGCUCUUGUCACCAACUUGCUUUUAUUGUUUGUUUUAGGGUUUGUUAUAUUUGGUGUUUGGGCCAUCAAUCGAUUGGGCGGUGAGGAUUUGGUGACACCGUUUGGUAGAUUAAACACCUCCCAGUUGUAUACUGGGUUGUUGAUUGUUGCUGUUCCUUUGGGGUUCUUGGCUAGUCCGGUUUCGACUUUGAUGUGGUUGAUUGGACUGAGUAUCGUUGGAGUUGGUGCACAUGCCUCGUUGAUGGAGAAGCCAAUUGAGACUGUAUUUGAAGACGAGGGAAUUGUUUAA